UAUUUCAGAUCUGGCGCCGGUUCAUUGGGUUUCAAUAGCAUUACACAUGUGAGAUUGUGAAUGCAGUGAUGAAUAGCGAUAAUGACACAAAGUACACAAACACAUGACAACAUCACAGUAUCUCUCUCUGUUCCUCUCAGGCCAAAAGUGUUUGGCUUCCACUCAUUCAUUUAGAAACCACACGUUUGUUUGUGCUUGACUGUGUGAUGAUGAUUGGCACCUCUCUAAUCCAAUGGGUGGUCAGGAUUCAGAGGGGGUGGAGAUCAUGUUGGGCGUGUGUUCCUCCGGGCUCCUCAUCUACCGCGACAGACUUCGCAUCAACCGCUUCGCCUGGCCCAAAGUCCUCAAGAUCUCCUACAAACGCAAUAACUUCUACAUCAAGAUCCGUCCAGGCGAGUAUGAGCAGUUUGAAAGCACGAUAGGCUUUAAACUACCCAACCACAGAGCGGCCAAGAGACUGUGGAAGGUUUGUGUGGAGCAUCACACGUUCUUCAGGUUGGUUUCUCCAGAGAUUACGCCUAAGAAGUUCCUCACACUGGGUUCUAAGUUCCGCUACAGCGGCAGAACUCAGGCUCAGACCCGACGGGCCAGUUCCCAGAUCGUCCGUCCGGCGCCGUACUUCGAGCGUUCGACCAGCAAGCGCUACACGAUGUCACGGAGUCUGGAUGGAGCUCAGCGGACGCCAGUCAACACGGCGACAGUCAAUGUAAAUGGCACUAGACCAGCAGAAAUGGGUACGGCGUUGUAUGGCACAGCCAAAGGCAUUGCCAUAAGUGACCUCAUCACCACGGUAACGCCGGAGAAGAAAGUGGAGGAGAUGCGUGAGGAGGAGCGUGAGGAGACGCGACCGGUGCUGGUGGAGAGUGUGGUGGUGCUGGAGGAAGAGGACGAGAUAACGAAAGCCACGGAACUGUCGCUGCCGAGCCCACUGACACCGGCCCGACAGGACACACGGACUGAUUUCACAGACACUGCUGUCGAUGGAGAAUUAACGGCCACCGAGUCGGAUCAGGAGGACGACUCUGAAGCAAAGACGCUGGAGAUCGAGCAAACGCCUGACGAGCUGCUGAAGCAUCAGACCGACAUCAGCGAGCUGAAGCGCACGUUCCUGGAGGGAGGACCGGAGCGCACGGGGCUGACCGAGUGGGAGAAGCGUCUGUCCUCGUCUCCGCUGCGGUCUCCACGUCUGGACGAAGCGCCCAUGAUCGAGCCGCUGGAGCCGGACGAGUUGCUUCAGGUCAAACAGGAAGCAGCGGUGGAGUCACAGGAAGUGACCGCAGCAGCAGCAGCAGCUGUGGAGCCGCAGGACGGUCUGACGGUUGAUGUGGAGUCUGACGGGUGGGUCAUUAUAAACAAGGUUCCUCCGUUUGAACCAGAUAAACGUCCUCCAGUCGGAGCUGAAACGCUUUCUCGUAAGAUACCAGAGAAGGUUUCCACCGUAGUAGAAGAACAACAUCCUCCAGCGGAACCCGAAAAACCAUCUUCCGUCACAUCUGAAGAGGUUCCUCCAACAAAAACAGCUUCGGAGACAUCACAGAAGGUUUCUAGCAUAGUACAGGAGACGUUUCCUCCAGAAAGACCCUCAUCCGUCGGAUCCGAAGAGGUUUCGCCAACGAAGACUCCUCCGAAGGUGCCAGAAAACAUUCCUCCAGUGGAACCAGAAAAACCAUCUUCUAUCACAUCCGAAGAGGUUUCUCCAAAGAAGACUCCUCCGAAGGUGCCAGAAAAGGUUUCUACGGUAGUCAGAGGGAAGGUUGAACCCAUAAAGGUUCCUUCUGUUGGUUCUUCAGAAGACGCUCCUCCUAAAGUACCCCCAAAAGUCCCUCCGAAGGUUCCAGAGAAGAAACACAUCGCCAGCUACAGGUUCACAUCCGCCGAGCCUCCUGAAGACAAGCCCAGAUCUCAAGAAGGCUUCUCCGUUGUGUCCGAGCAGAUCAGUAAGAUGCGUCUCCGCUCUCCUGUGGACCUCAGCGGAACGUCUCCGACGGCUCGAGUGCCUAAGCCCAGUUUCGAUGAGAUGUCUCCUGAGCUCACGGCGCUCUUGCAGUCCACUCGCAGCUGGGCUCCGUCUGCGUCUGCGUCUCCGGCUCUGAUCGCGCAGCCGCAGGCUUUACACAAGUCUUCAGAGAGUCCAGAGAGGCAUCCGGCUGAAGAAGCGGAUCAGCAGCCGCCGGCAGAGGAACCGCUGGACCAGCCUCAGUCAGGUGUGGUGAGUCUCUCCAGGACUCUGUCAGGAGACACGGACACACAGAUCCACACGGAGAUGAAGACCAUCACAUACGAGUCCCUGCAGGGCGAGACGGACGGAGACACUGAUCCUGGCGUUCUGCUGAGCGCUCAGACCAUCACAUCAGAAACCACCAGCACCACCACCACCACACACAUCACCAAGACGGUGAAGGGCGGCAUCUCAGAAACACGGAUUGAGAAGAGAAUCGUGAUCUCAGGAGAUGCAGACAUCGAUCAUGACGAGGCUCUGGCUCAGGCCAUUAAAGAGGCUAAAGAACAACAUCCCGACAUGUCAGUGACCAAAGUGGUGGUGCAUAAAGAGACGGAGAUCACGCCGGAGGAGUGAUACAGGAUUAACAUCAUCUUCACGCGUUCUGGAGGAACUCAUGUGUUCACGCUGUGGAAAAUGAAGUUUGCUUCAGAGAAAUCAACCACGGGAACAGCAGCAUAAACGAAAGAAUCGCAGCAAACUUCAUCAGAACACGUCUGGAGUAACACGCACACACAUGCACACACUCACACGCUUACAGGCGCUGUCUGCCGCACUGGAUCACUGUUACCGCAUGACAAGGGAACAAUUCUGCUUUUUUGUGAGGAGACUACAGUAUAUAGACAUUUUAGUAAAUACUAUAUGAGUGCAGUGUAUAGUCAUAAAGGGACUGAAGAAUGUGUGAGAAGAAAUAUAGCAGUUACAGAUAUCUACAUUUAUUUAUCCUACUGAAUAAAAAAUAAAAUCUGAAUUAAAAAAUCCUUGCAAAGAUGUGCCAUCCACACGUGUCACCCUCAUCUCUGAUCUGAUUACACGUUCAUUAUGAGAAUAUGAAUAUGCCACACAUGUAUGUUAGAGACGUGUUAUGUUGUUUUUACUUGUUAUACACCUGUUUUUGUUUCUUUUUGAAAGCUGUCGCUUGUGAACGUUGAGUUUAGAGGAAUGAAUCUCUCCGAGAGCUGUUGUAGUGAUGACCUGAAAUAUCAAUCCCAGAGUUCUCCCUGCCCUGAGUGCCACAUCCGAGCCUUAAACUACAGACGAAGCCCAUGUGUGUUUAUGUCCUUGUUUGUUUUC